AUGGUUGCUGAAUACUUCGAGACGGAAAGCUUUGGGGUUCGAGCUGCGCCUAUCAUGGAGAGUGAAGCUGACGUCCGUGCUCGGGAAAUCUUGAAGUCUACUACAUGCCGUGUUGAAGGAAGGUACCAGACUGGUCUGCUCUGGAAACGUUCCGACAUACAGCUACCUGACAGCUAUUCUAUGGCUUUGAAAAGAUUAGCGGGUGUUGAAGCAAAAAUGAGGCGCGAUACAGACUUUGCCGUUGAAUAUAACCGCAUCAUAAGUUCUUACGUCAUGAAGGAUUACGCACGAAAGCUGUCGCCAGAAGAAGCCGCUUUAACUUGCAAUAGAACAUGGUACCUGCCUCAUUUUGCCGUGAAGAAUCCAAAUAAGCCAGGCAAGUUACGCAUGGUGUUCGACGCAGCUGCUGAAGUGGACGGUGUGUCCCUUAAUUCACAGCUCAUGAAGGGUCCGCAAGAGUAUCGGUCUUUGCCUGCUAUACUAUUCCACUUUCGGGAAGGAGCAACGGGCGUGUGUGGGGACAUUAAAGAGAUGUUUCACCAGGUGCUGGUUCAACGUGACGACAGAUGUGCGCAACGAUUUCUUUGGCGCCAAGGUGACACUACCAGACAGCCCGAGGUAUAUGAGAUGCGCGUAAUGACCUUUGGAGCAGCAUGUUCGCUUUGUGCCGCCAAUUAUGUGAAGACGUUGGAAUAUUGCAACAAAGUCAAGAGUGCUACCCGAGCCGUGAAAUCGAUACUGGACUACCAUUAUGCCGAUGACUAUGUCGAUAGCUUUGACACAGAGGAAGAAGCAGCUGACAUAACGAAACAAGUUCGAGCAAUACAUAAGAUGGCCGGUUUCGAUCUUUGCAAUUUCGCGUCAAACUCGUUAAGAGUGACAGAAGCACUUAAUGGUGACGGGAAUAUCCGCCAAAUAGCAAAUAAAGAAGGAGUACUGGUGGACAGAGUACUCGGUUUGUUUUGGCAGGCAUCAACCGACACUUUUGGGUUUAAACUGAGGACGACAGCAUGGGUCCUGCGAUUCAUUGACGUUUGCCGCCGCCGUAAACCGCCAGACCGAGGCUAUGGGUUGACUGCCAAAGAAGUUGAGACUGCUAAGCUUUGUUUGUGCCGCCUCGUUCAACGCGGUGAAUACGCCGAAGAGUUUCAGCACAUCGAAAGCGGUCGCAACCUGCCACGCACCAGUUCGCUCAUUAAACUUUCGCCGUAUAUAGACGAAGAUGGUGUUCUUCGUGUACGAGGACGCAUAGAAGCUGCCAGCUGGCUUCCAAUAAGCGCGAGACGCCCUAUCAUACUACCGCCAAAGCAUUGUUUCUCAAAUCUGGUCGCCAUGCACUACCACGUCAAAAUGCAUCAUCAAAAUCUAGAAGCCACUAUUUGUGAGAUACGUCGCCUUUAUUGGAUACCGCGCCUCAGGAGUUUACUGCGCAGUAUAGUCGCCAAUUGCGCCAUUUGUCGCUUAAGAAAAAUCCAUGCCGUAUCGCCAUUGAUGGGCCCUCUUCCGAUUGAUAGACUCACUCCUUAUGUCAGGCCAUUCAGCUAUACGGGCCUUGAUUACUUUGGACCGAUAACAGUAACUGUUCGCCGCGCCAACGAAAAAAGAUGGGUGGCGUUAUUUACGUGCCUGACAGUCAGGGCUGUGCAUUUGGAGUUGGCUCAUGACCUCAGCACUGACUCAUGUAUAAUCGUAUUGCGCAACUUUAUAAAUCGUCGCGGCGUUCCCGUACGUGUGAGGUCCGAUAAUGGGAAGAACUUCGUCGGUGCUGACAUGGAAGCAAAGUGCUUCAGUGAAGUCUUCGAUUGGCAGUUCUGGACGUUGAUGAUGGUGAAUCGGGUUGAUUCACGGAGGCGGGAAUGUUGUGAACCCCUGAUUAGUUGUAAAAAUAUUGGGAACCCCUGA